AUGGAACGGCGGGUGGCGUUACUUCCGGAAGGUAUCAAAGGUGAAUACACUCAGACCAAUCUUCCCUUGUCAUCAAAUCUCACUUUAAGAAAGCCAUAUCUCAUUCACAGUGCCGACCAACAAGUCUACGAGCUCAAGCUUGUUGACGGAACUGGACCGUAUGAGCCUCACCUGCGUCCCCAACUCAAAGCGGGAGGAUCCAUCACUAGUUGGAUAGUGGAUUCUUCCAAAGUGGGGUUUACUCUUGAGUCGGGAUCCAUGUUGGUUGCAACGAAGUUCUCAACAAUGUUCCUAUUACUCCUGAUUUUGUAUAAGGAGAAUUUGAACAAGUUCAUGGCUAAAGAGGAUUUGAUCGACAUGAUUGAGCCGAAAUACGGUGACUGGGUGACAAAAAUUCCAUUGGAACUCGAUUAUGUUUGCGAUAUAACAGACGUCGGCGGUGAGACGUACUACAAGUUCUCUGUGGAAAAAUCAAAAAACAUUCUUUGGAACCGCAUUAAUCGCCUAGCCGAUCAUUUCAGAAAGACACCAGACCAACAAAUACUUGCAUUCCUUUCCACCAAAUUCAAUGAUGUUACCAUCGAAACUCCACAGGAAGUCAAAGAUGCAGCGAUCACGUUAUAUGCGUAUGAACUUGUCUUGAAUCUGUAUUGUCUCCCAGAGUUCAAAGAAAAGGAGAUGACCCAUGAUUUCCUGAUAGUCACGAAUCACCUUGAACUAAUCAAGUCAACUCAAAAGAGUCGCGAAGUUUCCGACAAAGCGCUAGAAGAAAUCGCUUCCACAAACAGUCGACUCAAUAGCGCAGCUACUAAGCGUAAAGCACAACCUACGAAAGUGAAGGCAUCAAAGGCAGCUAAGGUCGUGAAGGGCAAAGGGGCUCUUGAUAGCUUUUUCAGGCCAGCAUAG